AUGACGAUUCUUUGUGCCAUGGUGAAGAACUCGAAGAUGGUCUUUGGCACUGCAGUGGACAUGCCACACUUGGAGGACAUCCUCAAGGAGAUCGGACCAAGGAAGGCCAAGGAGGACUAUGCUCUUCUCCUGACCCCGCUCUCCUUCCUCUUGGUCUACCGCCUGAACCGCUCCGCGGUGCGCUUCUACGACGCCCGUGCGGCGGCGGGGAAGCUCAUCGAGACCUGCCGCGUCCUGGCCGGCGAGGCGGUUCGCUUCUGUAACCACGACCGAGGCGCGGUGGAGGAGCUUUGCCGGUGGAUCGUGGCGUUUCCCGUGUGCACGCGCAACUUCUUACGCUCCAAGCCCUUCGAGCUUGACGAGUUAGAAGGAAUUCUGAAGGACAAGGAGAUUGAACGGCUGAAGAGGGCAACUGUCCAGACGCUCUUCUGUUGUGAUCGGAUGAGACAGGCUGCCUUGCGGGCGACCAGGAGUAACCAGAGGGAUUCGGCCCCGCUAGCUGCUCAUAUGCUGCAACAGAUGGAAGAGCAUAUUGCUACCCUGACUGGAGCCAUGGGCGCAAUGGAACGGAUCAACAACACUCCGUUGCCCUUCGCCUACGUCUCGCAUUUGCGCACGUGCCUGGUGCUCUACUUGUUGGGUUUACCCUGGAUGCUCCGGGCAGAGUCCUGGUGGUCAGUGCCGCUGGUGAUUCUGAUCUCCUAUGCACUUCUGGGUGUUGAAGCUGCUGCGGUCGCAUGUGAACGCCCUUUCCAAGAUCAAGCGAAUCACUUGCCUUUCGACCAGUUCGCCAAAGUGGUGGCUGAAAACGUCAGGCGCUUGACUCAAGCACCGCGCGAGAAGUUUGCGUUCUGUGGACGAGCCAACGCGUUUUUGAAGGUGCGAGCAUGA